AUUUUGUGAAAUGUGAAUUUGAUGCCGCAUGCAAAUUGUGACUUUGAAUUUCCUUUACUAAAUUAGUAAAUUUGUUAUGUUUUUCAGUUUAAUUUAAUCCAAAAUUUUGAAUCUUUGACAGCUUUAAGCAUCAGGUAACGAGACUAAACUUCCGAAUCUUCAAUUAUGUCUUUCGGAACCAGCACUCCAACUACAAAACCACCAACCCUGGGAUUUGCUCCUCUUGGAACAUCAGCAGCUUCUUCAAUGCCAUCCUUCAAUUUCUCUGGUGGAGGAACAAAACCAUCUUUCAGUUUUGGAUCGACACCUGCAUCAGGAACAACUGGAUUUUCUCUUGGAGGCGCUCCUGCAGCCCAAACCACAGCAACUCAAGCCACUUCCACGGUGCCAACGGCCACAGCUUUAACAACACCUGCAACUUCUGCUGCACCAGCUACUCAAGAUGCAGCAAAACCGGGCUUCUCCCUUAACUUUUCCAUGCCAGCAGCUACUUCCUCCGCUGCAACAACUGGCUCAUCUCUUCUACCCAGCACUACCAUUGCAACCUCCACCACAACUGCCCCAUCGAGCACACCUGCAUCUAUAAACUUUGUUCAACUAGAAGAAUCAAUCAACAAAUGGACUCUGGAUCUAGAAGAACAAGAGAAGACUUUCAUGAACCAGGCCGCCCAGAUCAAUACUUGGGAUCAUUUUCUUAUUAAAAAUGCAGAUAAGAUCGUAUCUCUAAAUAAUGAAGUAGAAAACGUCAAACUUGAGCAAAAGAAAUUAGAUCACGAGCUCGAUUUCAUCUUAGCUCAACAGAAAGAAUUAGAAGACUGUUUGGUUCCUCUGGAGAAAGAGUUGGCUUCCAAUAAUGCAGCACGGGAUCCUCAAAGAGAAAAUAUGUAUCAAUCGGCUGAGAAUAUUGAUGUUCAAUUGAAACAGAUGUCGGAAGAUUUGAAAGAAAUCAUCGAACAUCUGAAUGACUCAAAUAGGUCCCAGGACAAUAGUGAUCCUAUAGUUCAAAUUGGUCGGAUUCUCAAUUUCCACAUGAAUUCCCUCCAAUGGAUAGAUCAGAGCACAUUGCAAAUUCAAAAUCAGUUAGAUGAAAUUACUAAACUUCAUGGUCUCUAUCAAAAAGACAGUGAUCGAAUGUUUUAGUUUCAAAAGCAUUAAUUGAUUCUAAGUUUCCUUUAAAACAAUUUUCAAUAUUUAAACCUUUUACAGCAAAUAGUUGGAAAGAUGGAUGUCUCCAAGACUUAUUUUAAAAGAAACAAAGUUGUUAAAAAAAAUCUGUGCAGCUGUUGAGCAGUGAUAAAGUAGUUCUAAUGCGUAUUAUAAAUGAACUCUUUAUAUAAUAAGAUGCCUUUCCAUGCAAGAUGUCUUAGACACUCAACUUUCUAUAAUUGGACGUAUUUCUGCCAAAUGGGAUUAUGUGCAUUACGACAUGAACCCUGAGACCCAUAAAAAUGUAUGCUUAACAGGGCUCACGUCAUAAUGCACACAGUUCCGUUUGGCAGAAAUACGUCCAAUAUUCCUGUCAAAAUGCACCAGAUUUCCGUUUCAAACUUGAGACUUUGAGCUUCCUCUUUUGAAAAUUCGAAGAGCUCAUAAUGUUCUGUUUUUAAUUUCUACUCUAUGAGUCAAACUAAUUGUAAGUCCUAAUUGUAAUAUAUUACCAGUUUAUUUUCUAAUAUUUUUGUAAAAUAAAGAUUUUAAGUCAGUA